UCUUUAUGGAACAUUUCAAAAACUAUAUUAAGUAUUUUACUCACUUAUAUAUUUUCAAUAUUUCACAUUCUAACACCAUUAUUAUAAUUUAAUUUAUAUGCUUUCAUAUGUUAAGAAAAAUGACAUUCUCCCCCCUUAUUUCCCAUUCUUAAAGACUACAACUCAUUGGUAGUUGAAACCUACAAACAAAAUACAAAAAGGAUCCAUUCUUUACUGAUCCCAAUUUUGGACACUAAGCGUAUCGGCUUUUGCCACACGGAGGUUAGUCACCGGCCGAUUUCCAACUAUGGAGGAGCCCGCUUCCGAUCAUUCCACCAUCAGAAACCGGUGGUUACGCCGUCUUCCGGCGACCCUCAGGCUCAAAACUUCCGUCUUCGCAGAGAUAUCAGGUGCCGUCGGCGACCUCGGCACUUACAUUCCCAUCGUUCUCACUCUCACUCUCGUUUCUCAUCUUGAUCUCGGAACAACUCUAAUCUUCACUGCUCUUUACAACAUUGUCACUGGUCUCCUUUUCGGCAUUCCGAUGCCAGUUCAGCCGAUGAAAUCCAUUGCCGCCGUCGCCGUUGCCGAAUCUACUCAUCUCACUCUCCCUCAAAUUGCUGCCGCAGGCCUGUCCACUGCUGCCGUUCUCCUAUUCCUCGGUGCUACCGGUCUUAUGUCUGUCCUUUACCGAUAUCUUCCGCUGCCGGUUGUCCGCGGUAUUCAGCUCUCUCAGGGUCUCUCCUUCGCCUUCACUGCCAUUAAAUACAUUCGGUACAAUCAAGAUUUGGUCACCUCUAAAACCGGCGAACCUCGGUCCUGGCUUGGAUUUGACGGCCUAGUAAUUGCACUAAUUUCUUGUCUGUUUCUAAUUUUGACCACUGGAGCCGGCGAUUCUUAUAAGGAAGAACCGUCGUCUUCCGAACCGCUUAGGGGUUCUGAAUCUCGUUCUGGCCGUCGAAUCAGAAGGUUACGAAUCUUGUCUAUGAUUCCUGCUGCCCUGAUUGUGUUCUUGUUUGGAUUUUUGAUCUGUUUUCUUCGUGAUCUUUCCGUUUUGAAGUACCUUAAAUUUGGCCCUUCGAAAUUGCACAUUCUGAGAAUCACGUGGGAAGAUUGGAAAAUAGGGUUUGUACGAGCUGCAAUUCCCCAAAUUCCUCUUUCAGUUUUGAACUCAGUGAUUGCAGUUUGCAAACUGUCCGCUGAUUUGUUUCCAGAUCGUGAAGUCUCCGCAAUGAAUGUGUCUGUCAGUGUAGGGAUAAUGAACUUCAUCGGUUGCUGGUUCGGCGCAAUGCCGGUCUGCCAUGGCGCCGGUGGUCUCGCCGGGCAGUACCGAUUCGGCGGAAGAAGUGGCGCUUCGGUGGUGUUUUUGGGGAUUGGGAAAUUGGUUUUAGGAUUGGCGUUUGGGAAUUCGUUUGCACAGGUUUUGAGUCAGUUCCCAAUUGGAGUUCUUGGUGUUCUUCUUCUGUUUGCUGGGAUUGAAUUGGCUAUGGCUUCCAAGGACAUGAAUAGUAAAGAAGAAUCAUUUGUAAUGUUGGUUUGUGCUGCUGUUUCACUCACUGGGUCUAGUGCUGCUUUGGGUUUUGGUGUUGGAAUUGUUCUGUUUCUGCUGUUGAAACUGAGAGAAUUUGACUGUUCUUCUUCUUCUUCUUGUCUUGGGUUUCAAUGGAUGAAGCCCAAAUCUAAUGCUGUAGAAGAUGAAGCAACCCACUUUCUAGCUUGAAGAGGAAACAGAAGAAGAAGAAGAAUGAACAAUGAAGUGCUUUCUCCUUCCAUUUUGAUCCACUCUGAUUCUGAAACCAUGGCGACUAACUUUUGCAAAGGAAAGGUGUACGAGCUUUUUCCCAAGCAAGAAUUAAGACUAUGGUGGAUUUAUUUCAGGUUCUCUUACCCUAUCAAUUUUGUUUCUAAACUUCCUGAUAUAUGUUAGUCUUUGAACCUUGUAAAUAGUGGUGGUUGUUAAGUAUGUGCUCGAUUAUGUGGUACGAUCUUCAUUGCUUUAUAGUUUCUUGAUUUUUAAUCUAAUUGUAUUCUAAUA